UGUAAAUAUCUCUCUUGAAAAAGGAUUUCUUUCUACCGACCUGUACAGUAAAUUCACUGACAAACAUAUGUACCUAAAUAAAAAAGCCAGCCAUCCUGAAUCUACAAAAAUAUCUAUACCGUUUGGACUGGGUAUCUGUGCGCGCCGAAUCUGCUCAACAGAUGAGGGAUAUUUCAAACAACGGGAGAAAAUUAAAACUAAUUCAAGCAAAUGUGGAUAUUCCAACAAGGAGGUCGAGAAUCAACUGGUGAAGGUAGAUAAACUCAGCCGCUAGAAUUUAUUGAACUACAGAAAAAAUAACAAUGAGUGUAACCGUGUUCCGUUUGUGUUAAAUUAUUCCAGAGGACUACCAAAUAUUCAUCAAAUAUUAAAGAAACGUCAAAAAAUUCUCGAAAAUUCCGACCGCCUUAAAUCUUGCGUUUCACAACACACCUAUAGUGGCAUUUCGAAGAGACAAAAGCUUGAUAGACAUAUUGGUCCAUAAGAAACAUAAUAACCUCUUCUUUUAGAAAGAACACUUAUGCGAGCCGUGUGGUGCAAAAAAUGUGUUGUGUGUAAAUAUAUUAUUUGUUCUGGCCAAUUUCAAGAUUCUAAGGGCAAAACGUAUCAAGUUAAAAAUCAUAUCGAUUGCAAGUCAAGUAAUGUUGUUUAUGAGGUGUUUUGUAAAAAGUGUAACAAAAUUUUAUAUGUUGGGGAAACGGGUUGACUUUAUAUUAAAGACAUGUUUUAAAUUUAUCACUGAUAAGGAGAGAAACUAACGACCCUCUAGCAAUGCAUUUUUAUACUAACGAACAUACUGUUGAUGUUUAUUCUGUAAUAGGUAUCGAAAAAUUGUACAAAGAUGAAACUUACAGAAAAUUCAGAGAAAAUUUGUGGAAGAAAAAAUUAAAUACUUAUAUGCCUUUUGGUAUCAACAAAAUGUAACAUUUUUGUCUUCAGACUACAUAAAUACUAGUUUGUAGAGACACUUCCUAUAUUUUAUGUCCCAUUAUUUAUACAUUUUCCAUAUAUUAUUUGUUUAUGUACUAAUUACGGCUAUCUAUGUGCUAACUAUAGACUCUCACCUUUAUUUUAUAUGUUUUUGGCGCAAUAUUGUUGUAUGACGUCACUUGCCAGGCUGUAUUCAUAUAUAUAAACACAAUGGUAAUAUACACGUGUAGGCACACGUCAAUUGUUUGAGUUAAAUUUAUUUCUAAUUUAAUUCAACUCAACAGAUACAAUCUAUCUAUAACUAAUCUGACUUUUCUUGGAAAUUCUAAAAAUCCUGUUUCUUACAAAAGGUUGGGUUUUUUUCUUUCGUUAACUAAUUAUAUUUAUUUUUAACAUUAAAUCUAAACGACUUGAACAUAACAGUACAUAGCUUCAAACCAGGAAGUCAAAACGUCUAUUAUAAAGGGGAACAUUUUCUGGAGUAGAAGUCGCCGUCUUAACAAAACAAAAUCUGAGUUUGUACAUGAAACCAACAAUUAUGAACGAUGAAAGAAGUUUGAUCAUUUGCUUUAUGGUAGUAGGUUUCAUCUCAAUUUCAAUGGGUUCAUUGAACAAUUCUCCAUGCAAGAAAACGUCUGAUUGGAGUAACUACGUCAUACGUUGUCCCACCAAUCACACUAUUUAUAUCACAAAGCACGUGAUUGAGGAUGGUUUUAACACACUUCUAACUCCUGCCCUCGGGUGUAGCGCUAGUGAUGCUGUAUACUGUGGUGCCAAACUACCUAUAAACAACACCAUGAAUCUCAAGAACCAUGGCGUUUUUGAAUCAGCUGUGAACGCAUGCAAUGGACGAACUGAAUGUUCUUUAAACAAAAAUUAUUUUCUAAAUGUUGAAUCAUCUGUCAAAAUGUCAUGCAGUUCCUUACAAGUACAUGAGUUAGAAAAAGCGUCGUUUCGACAAAGCAUUUACUAUGAAUGUAACCAAGAUUAUCUAAUAAAAGACACGUGUUUGACGAGCAGUGAGAUCAAAAGUCUAUAUGGUCACUUGUAUCUAAAAACUUCCAGCACCAGUUGUUUGUGUCGUAUCACUGGCUCUAUUGCUCGUUUAAAGAUUUUACAAACAGCAUUUUUUACUGUGAUGAUUCAAUCCAAUGGGACCAACAUUUUUGAACAUCAAAAUGGUGAAGUUGGUUUAUACGGAGUAGAUAUUCCAAUUCAAGCAGAGAACCUGGUCAUAAUGCUAAUAAAUGGAUCAAAUGCCAGCUUUGCUUUAUUAAAGGUUUUUGGAAAUUAUUCCGCUAUAUGUAACAAAUAUAGUGUAUUGAGUACAACUUCCCCGCAAAACAUGACCUUUACAUCUACACACUUCCCAGUUCAUUCAAGUGGUAGAGGUCACACUCAUGCUGACAUAUCUGCAACAAAUCAAACCAAGAGAUCUACUACCACACAAACAGCCGAGAAUAUUUUUAGCAGUAUGACGGGACGAGAACCUUCCAGCAGCGACCUAAUCGAAAAUAUUACAUCCUGGAUAUAUAUCGUGGUUGUGAUUUUAGCUAUUUUUGUUUCGCUUAUCAUCUUCCUGAUCUGUGUUUAUUGCAUUAAACAAAGAAAAGACAGAAAUUUGCUGCUGAAAAUACUUCAAAGAUUAAAUGAUGGAUGUACCAAUAUAGAUGAUUCACAUUUCAAAACAGCUAAAAUCCCUAAUAGUCCAUCACGGCCGUCCGAUGAUGAUCCAAACUAUCAGGAAAUUCCAAACAAUCUCCACAACAAUCCAACAACAAAACAACACACUAAUCCAGGGUACGAUACAGACUGCCCUAAUACAGGAUACGAUACAGACUGCCCUAAUCCAGGAUACGAUACAGACUGCCCGAAAUCAGAAAACACUGGAAAAGGACAAGACGACGCCGAAGUGACGUCACUUGAUGGUAAUGGUCAAUACUUCAAGCUUGAAAAAAGUUACCCGAAAGAGGUGGUUUGAAUUGAAAAGAAAUUCUGAAUAUAAAAUAAAGAUUGCAUCGCUUUUGUUGAACGCACACAUUUAAAGCAUUUCAAUAGUUCUAGAUACGGUUGCAUUCACAACAAUUUUGAUUUAUUUCAUUAUCACUGCAUAAUUACAUUAAAACAACACAAAAUUUCAGUGUGAAAAAAAUGUAUGGGAUGAGUGUACGUGUAUGUUUUCUUCAUUAGUGUUUAUUGAGCAAGAAAUUCUUCUGUAAUCUUUAUUUUAUGUAGAUUGAACGGAGAACAAAUUAUUGUAAAGAUUCAAGAAAACAUAUUUGAAGUGCGUAUUUGAUGACGAUUUAAUUUGAUGUUUGCAUGAAGUAAAAAUGAAUGUAAACAUAUAACUGCAGUGUUUUGUAUUUGAUAUUGUUCAGCCUUUUACCAAUAUACUUAUUUUAGACAUUGUCUUCGUGCAUAAUUUUUAUCAAUGUGAUGCUGUUAUGGGUCAUUUGUUAUGAUAAAGAAUGUUAUAACUAUCAAGCUUACAAGGGUACAUUAUAAAAUAUGAAUUGAAGUGAUUGUUUUAUGCAUCAAACAUUGAAUGCUUAUGGAAAAUUAUUUGCACACUAUUAAUAUCAGCGCUCAGACGCGGUUGCGCCAAAACCACUUAAAUUUGUAGUGCGCCAUUUAUUCUCGUUUUACAGUUCUAAAAAAGAGGGAAUUGCAUCCAUAGGUUCGGUCAAUUUCAAUUGUUACUAAUUGUUCAUUAUAUUGAUUAAUAUAAUUCGUUUUUAAAAUGAAAAAAAAAAAUUUCAGCUUUUAAGGAAUUGGUUCAAUAAAUUAACAAAUCCUUGAUUUUAAAAAAAGCAGAUUAAUCACGAACGUAUAAAUGCAUUAAGAGGUUUAGAAUCUAAAUCAAAAGAUAUCUAAUCUCAGCAACGAAACAUAAUAUAUAGAAAUCAAACUACUGAAAGUACUGUGAAGCAGUUAGCCAAACUUGUUUUCAUUGUUUUGUGAAAUAAAUACAUUAAUAUUUGAUUUAAGGACACUAUAGAUUUCCAACAAAAGUUUCACCAUUAAUAUUUAAGCUUGAAGUUUUUAUCGUGAAGUUGUGGUUAGCCCGAUAGGAUGUACCUCGGCUUUCUACUAAAAUAACACCCAAUAUUCCCAAACGUAUCUUGUACUUAAUUUGAUUUAUCCAAAUUGAAUUUGAAAGGUCCUUUAAUCUAUAUAAUGAAUUCGGGAGAAAGCUUAUUUUGUUACAAUUGCUCAAGUCAACGCUGAAU